ACAAUUUGUGUUGCCAAAUUUUUGCCUGAGUGAAAAUCUGCUGCUCCAGUGUCGGAACAUUCAUUGAAGCGCGCAUGAGGACCGAGGAAGCCAUUCAAAGCUGAACAGAACGCUUCAGAGUAGGCCUUGUAGUCGAAAGGAUCGAACAUAUACAGUUGUCUCAGGUUUAUUUUCAGCCAGAAAGAGGUGGGAAUGGACCCGCAGAAAGUGACACAGUUGAAGGCCUUCGUGCAGCUAUGCAAAGAGAAUCCCUCCGUGUUGAACCUGCCUGAACUGGGUUUUCUCCGGACCUGGAUGCAGGGUAUGGGGGCAAAUAUCCCACUAACCCCUGACAAGGAGUCAUCGUGCAAGGGGGGGUGCCCGUGCGGACCACCACCUUCUAAGGCCAAGCCAGCAGCCGAGCCGAGCCCCGCGUCAGAGAGUGAGGAGAGUGACCUGGAGAUUGAAAAUGAUGGAGUUAUUGAGCCAGACACAGAUGCUCCCCAGGAGAUGGGAGACUUUGAAAACCUUGAGGUCACCGAGGACAUGAUGGAUCAGGCCAAUGAAAAGAAGAUGGAGGCAAUCGGAGCCUUGGGAGAAGGGGAACUGCAGAAGGCCCUGGAUCUCUUCACCGAAGCGAUCAAACUCAACCCAUGUCUGGCUAUCCUCUACGCCAAACGUGCUAGUGUCUAUAUCAGGAUGCAGAAGCCGAAUGCUGCGAUAAGAGACUGUGACCGAGCGAUCGACAUCAACCCCGACUCGGCCCAGCCUUACAAGUGGAGAGGAAAGGCGCACAGGUUGCUGGGCCAUUGGGAAGAGGCAGCUAAGGACCUGGCCAUGGCCUGCAAACUGGACUACGACGAUGAUGCCAGCACAUUGCUGAAAGAAGUCCAGCCCAAGGCUAACAAAAUCAUUGAGCACCGGCGCAAAUACGAGCGCAAGCGCGAGGAGCGGGAGAUCAAGGAGCGGCAGGAGCGGGUGAAGAAAGCCAGGGAGGAGCACGAGAAGGCGCAGAGGGAGCAGGAGGCCAGAGAAGAGGCAGCCGGUGGAGCCGGCGGGUUCCCAGGAUUCCCAGGUGGUGCAGGUGGUUUUCCAGGUGGUUUUCCAGGCGGUUUUCCAGGUGGUUUUCCAGGCGGUUUCCCAGGUGGUUUCCCAGGAGGUGCGGGUGGCGCGGGUGGCGCCCCAGGCGGUUCCCCAGGCGGUUCCCCAGGCGGUUCCCCAGGCGGUUCCCCAGGCGGUGCCCCUGGCGGUGCUGGCUUCCCAGGCGGCAUUCCUGGUUUGGACAAACUCCUCAGUGACCCUGAGGUGCUCAUGGCAAUGAAGGAUCCAGAUGUUAUGGCUGCGUUCCAGGACGUGGCUCAGAACCCCGCCAACAUUGCCAAGUACCAGAGCAACCCCAAGAUCAUGGCCCUUAUUGCCAAACUGAGCUCCAAGUUUGGUGGAGCACAAGCUUAGGUUGGGAAAAGAAAAAAAAAUACAUGGGGUGGGUGGUGUUGAGUGAGUGUGGAGGUAGUAAAGGGGGUAUUGUGAUGGCUUUCCAGCUGUACGUAAUUUAGUGUGAUGGAAGGCCUUGAUGGAAGAAGUUUAUAUGGAAAAGGUCAUAGGUCAUAGGAGAGCGAAGCAGAUGGGCUUAGCCAUGUGCAUGCAGUACACCCCCCCUACGGGUGGUUAUUGGGAACCUAACAGGGCGGCGGUUGGCAGUAAAGUAACUCUUCUAUCUUAACAUGGGGCCAGCCUGCUUCAGGCAUACAGCACUUCCUUUUUACAAAUUAACCGUUAACGGUGCAGGACUGAAACCAAACCUUUUUGGGGAAUAAACGUUGAAAUUAAUGAGACAUGUACGUUCAUCUUGUCCACUCCUAUUUGGGGGGUAGGAUCAACUGUGGGGGUGGACUUAAUCUGGCAGAAAUGUUGGGUGAAAAUCAGCAAAUCUCUGGUCGUCAAGCCAGAUCGAGGAUUCUGUCUGGUUUCAGAGAUUGUCGGACUGCAGUGGGUCUCUGGGGACCUACUACUCUGCCCCUCAGGAUUUUCUUUUACAUGUUUUACUUACCUUCACUGUAAUGUAACCUUCCCUGUCUGUCUUUCUUGCUCCCAAAAGCAAAAAUGAGAUGUAUACCAGUUUGCGAUCAUUAAAAGACAAUUUCUGAUUGUUGCAAAACA